UUUCAUAAUCCUUGAACAUCAUCGAGUUCAUUUUGGUGUUAUUUUAUCGUUCGUCGACGUCAUAGCCUAAAUGUUGGCGCGUUCACGUCGCGUCUUCCUGCACAAUCGUCCUCUCUGCUCAAUACCACACCACAUUGCCAAACCCAAAAUGUCGAAAAGAACAUUGGAUAGUUUCUUCAACCCAGUCCAAAAGAAGACCAAGAUAUCUCUAUCAGGAUCCAAGGAUGCGCCGUCAAACCACCAUACCUAUCCAUUCGCUAUACCACAAUUGCCACCAGAGAUCACGGACAUCUUGAACUUCGCUCCAGAAGCAGAAGGCAAAGUAAUAAACGAUCAACCGGAUUUGGAUCUCUUGUACUUCCAACCAUACAUACCCAGCUCGAUAUCAACGCCACUAUUUGAGUUUCUACGCGGCGAAUUGUUCUUCUAUCGUGUAAAGUACAAGAUCAAGCGAGGGCCAAUUGAGACGGAUAUCAAUACACCACGCUUCACGACAGUCUUCGGUGUGGAUGAAACCUCCACUUUCACACCCCAAGGCGACCUCCUGGAUGCAACGUCAAAUAAACCAAUCCCCAAGGACCGCUACAAGACAUGCAAACCGCGACCCAUACCUGCAUGCCUGGAUCUCCUACGCAAGCUCACAGAAGCAGCAACAGACCAACAAUACAAUUUCUGCUUGGUGAACUAUUACGCCUCUGGUGAUGACAGUAUAUCCUACCAUAGCGACGAUGAACGCUUCCUAGGCGUGGACCCAGCAAUCGCAUCCUUCUCCCUAGGCGCAAAGCGCGAUUUCCUGAUGAAACAUAAACCCACACCGCCCUCCGACGACAAGUCUACCGCGGCCAUGAAUUCCGAGACCAAGCCCUUGAAGCUCCCGCUUGGAAGCGGAGAUAUGGUGUUGAUGCGAGGGACCACACAAAGUAAAUGGCUACACAGUAUACCGAAGAGAAAGGGAGGAGAAAGUGGAAACGGGAGGAUCAACAUCACAUUCAGGAGGGCAAUGGUUGCGGGAGGGACGGAGAAUUACUAUAGGUACAAUGUCGGGGAUGGAGAUGUGCUGAAGUGGGAUGGGAAGAAGAUGAUUGUUUGGGGUGAGAAGAAGGGACCGGGAGAGGGUGUCGAGAAGGAGGUCAAGGCUGAGGAUGUUGAUAAGGGAUAUGCUGGGUUGUAGUGACGAUCAAUCAACGACUGCUUUCUCUAAACUAGAGGAUUUUCGAGAAGCCUUCUUC